UGGCCGCUUGCCCCAUAAAUAGCGCUGCCCCACGCGUGGGGGGCAGGCGGAGGCAGGCUGGUGCUGCAUGGGGGGCACGGCCAUCCCUCCCUCUGCCCUAGGACAAGCAGGACUCCUCCGUUUGGCGGGCAGGACCCAUCCCCUUGCUCCCCACGGGACCCCGGCCGUGGCCAUGACCCUGCUGCGCUGGCUCGUCUUCCUGACCGGCCUCGAUCCCACAGCCCCCAGCACCUGGGGGGUCUCCUACCCCGAAGCGCUGCGCGGCAUCGCGGGCUCCUGCGUGGUGUUCCCCUGCACCCUCAGCUUCCCCGACGACGUCUCGGCCGCCGCCGGCAUCGUGGCCAUCUGGUACAAGGACUACGAGGGCCAGAAGACGAUGGUGUUCCACUCGGGGGACCGAGAGGUGGACGCCAACUUCCGGGGCCGCACUCAGCUCCUGGGGGACCCCACCGCCCGCAACUGCACGCUGCUGCUGCGUGGGGCCAGGCCCGAGGACAGCGGGCUCUACCGCUUCCGCUUCGAGGUCGUGGACGGGGACCGCUGGUCGGCAGCGCGGGACGUGGCGCUGCGGGUGGAGGACACCCUGGAGCGCCCGAGCAUCAGUGCCAGCGAGGAGGUGUCGGAGGACACGCUGGUCACCAUGGAGUGCUCCUCGCCCUACGCCUGCCCGCUGAGCGCCAUGACCCUGCGCUGGGCGGGCUAUAACCCACGCGUGUCAGCGCUGUCCAGCCACGUGCAGGUGGACACCAGAGGGGUCAGCCGCCGCCAGAGCCUCACCACCUCCUUCUCCUGGAGGGACCACUCCAGGACGCUGCUCUGCGAGGUGCUGCUCGGCUCCCAGAGGGCGAGCACUGAGCUGGUGCUGCGGGUGCGACAUGCCCCCAAAGGUACCAAGGUGUCCCUGGACCCCCCCACGCAGCACGUCCGGGUGGGCGACACGCUGUCCCUCAGCUGUGCCGUCAACAGCAGCCACCCCCCCGUCACCGCCUUCCGCUGGUACAAGGACGGCGCGGCCGCGGGCACUGGGAGCAUCCUGGUGCUGCGGGGCGUGCGGGGCCAGGACCACGGGCGGUACCACUGCGAGGCCCAGAACGCCGUGGGGACCGGUGUGGCACCUGCUGUGAUGCUGUAUGUCAUGUCCGCCGAGGUGUCCAUCAGCCCCGCGGCCGAGGUGCAGGAGGGGACGGCCACCACGCUGUCCUGCGACGUGCCAGGCCAGGAGGGCCGGGAGCUGAACUACACCUGGUACCGCAACGGUGCCUGGCUGCAGCAGGGCCCCUCACACCGCCUGCUCCUCCCGCACGCCGCCGCCUCCGACGCCGGGUUCUACUCCUGCACGGCCACCGAAGCGUGGGGCAGCGCUGCAUCCCCGGCCCUCAGCCUCAGCGUGACCUACCCUCCCCGGACCCCCGUGCUGACGCUGCUGCAGGAGCCGCAGGGCGGAGGAAUGGCGGUGGUGAGCUGCGUGGUGGACAGCCGCCCUCCAGCCACGCUGGCCCUGUACCAUGGAGACGCCCUGGUGGCCAGCAGCAGCUCGCCCGCAGCCCCCGGGCAGCGCCUGGGGGUCACCGCCGCCCGCAACGCGCUGCGCCUGGAGCUCCGCGGCGUGCGGCCGCAGGACAGCGGGACGUACCGCUGCACCGCCACCAAUGCGCUGGGCAACGCCACCGCCACGCGGCCCUUCGUCGCCCGCCCCACCCAGGUCCAGGUGCACCCCUCAUCAGAGGUGCGUGAGGGUGCAGCUGUGACGCUGCGCUGCGUGACGCCGGGCGACGCUCCGGGGAGCACCACGUACACCUGGUACCGGAACGGCCGGCAGCUGGUGGGGCACGCGGACCCGGUGCUGAGCUUCCCCAGUGUCCGCAGCGGUGACGCCGGCGCCUUCCAGUGCCAGGCCCGGGGCGGCAGGGACGGUGACGGGGACACGUCGGGGGCUGUCCCGCUGCGGGUGCUCUUCCCCCCGCGGCAGCCGGUGCUGAGCUCCUUCCUGCAGACCCAGGGCGGGCAGCUGGGCGUCAUCCAGUGCACGGUGGAGAGCGAACCGGAGGCUGAGCUGAGCCUGUGGCGCGGGGACGAGGCGGUGGCCUGCACGAGGGGCUGCCCCCUGGCCCCCAGCCCGCGGCGACGCAUCACCGCCUCCUACAACAGCCUGAGGCUGGAGCUGCAGGACGUGGUGCUGGAGGAUGAGGGCACCUACGUGUGCCGGGCUGGGAACAGCCAGGGCAAUGCCAGCGCAGCAUCACAGAACCGUGUGAUGUGUUGGGUUUGGGUGGGAAGGGAUCUUAAAGGCCAUAGAACCCUAGAACGUUGGGUUGGAAGGGUCCUCUGCCUGCCCCCAGCUGCCCGCGUCGUGGUGUCCCCAUCCCCCCGCGUGCUCGAAGGCCACGCUGCCAACCUGACGUGCUGGGUCAGCACCGACUCCGGGACCCAUCCCAACGUCACCUGGUACCGGAACGGGCAGCAGCUCCCUGCUGGCCCCACUGCAGCCCUGCUGCUCCCGCAAGUGACAAGCGGGGACGCGGGGCUGUACCACUGCACGGCCGUCAGCGGGAGCAGCAGCCGGAGCUCCGCUGCCGUGCAGUUGGAUGUGCUGUACCCCCCCAGGAACCCCCGCCUCACCGCCUUCCUGGAGACGCAGAGGGGCCGGCUGGCCAUCUUCCAGGCCUCGGUGGCCAGCAACCCCCCAGCCCAGCUGGCCCUGCACCGUGGCGAGCAGCUGGUGGCCUCCAGCAGCGGCGGGGGGCACAGCCCCAUCCCACGGGUCAGCGCCGUGGCCGCCCCCAACGCGCUGCGGGUGGAGGUCCGGGAUGUGACGCUGGGGGACGAGGGCAGCUACCGCCUGACCGCCACCAACGCGCUCGGCACUGUGGCACAGCACCUCUUCUUCCACGUGCAGGCUGCCCGCGUCCUGGUGACGCCAUCCUCAGAGGUGCUGGAAGGGGACGACGUGUCCCUGACGUGCGAGGUGCCCGGGGAGCCGGCGCCUGGCACCGUCUUCUCCUGGUACAAGGAUGGAGCGCCCGUGCAUGAGGGCACUGAUGGCGUCAUGGAGCUGCCCCAUGUUGCCAGCGCCGCCGCCGGCUCCUACCACUGCAAAGCCCACGGCCCCACAGGGACUAACGCCAGCGUGUCCCCCGCCGUCACCCUGCGCGUCCUCUACCCCCCACGGGCCCCAGUCCUCAGCUCCCUGCUGGAGGCUCCCGGCGGGCGCGGGGCAGUGCUGCAGUGCCACGUGGACAGCCGUCCCCCAGCACUGCUGCAGAUCCACAAGGACGGGGUUCUGGUGGCCUCCAGCACGCCGUCCCCAUCGGCCACCGCGCCGCGGCUCAGCGUCACCGCGGCCACCAACAGCCUGCGGGUGGGCAUCGGCGGCGUGCUGCUGGAGGAUGAGGGCGAGUACGUGUGCUCUGCCAGCAACGCCUAUGGCAACGCCAGCACCACGGCCAACCUGACGGCGGGCACCGCCCGCCUCUGGAUCUCGCCGUCCCCCGACGUCCUCGAAGGUGACGCCGUCAACCUGACCUGCGCCGUCCAUAGCGGGGCCCGGGACGCGCUGAGCUACACGUGGUACAAGGACGGGGUGCUGCUCAGCGCCGGCCCCAACCCAACCAUCACCAUCCGCAGCGCAACCGCCGCCGUCGCCGGCUCCUACCACUGUGCCGUGCACGGCCCCGCCGGCACCCGCAGCACGGCCCCCAGCGCGCUGCGUGUCCGCUACCCUCCCCGCAACCUGCAGCUGAAAUCCUUCACCGAGAGCGGCGGGGGCACGGCCCUCAUCCUGCUCUGCACCGCCGACAGCAGCCCCCCGGCCGAGCUCAGCCUGCACAGGGACGGGGAGCGGGUGGACCCCAGCGCCGCCGCGGGGCCCCGCGUGCCCAACACGCUGCGCCUGGAGCUGCCGGCGGCCGCGGCGCGGGACGAGGGCGAGUACGAGUGCCGGGCACACAGCCCCCUCGGCAGCGCCCGCACCUCCGUGCACGUCCGUGUGCAGGCCCUCAGGGUGCGGGUGCUCCCUGCCGCCGAGGUGCUCGAGGGCACGGCCGUGACGCUGAGCUGCGAGGACGCAGCCCCGGAGUCGGGCACCACCUACGCGUGGCUGAAGAACGGGCGCUGGCUGCGGGAGGGGCCCUCGGCCGCGCUCCUGCUCCCCACCGCCCGCAGCAGCGACGCGGGCACCUACAGCUGCGUGGCCCGGGUGGGAACGCGCACCCAGAGGGCUCCCCCCGCCGAGCUGAGGGUGCUGUACGCGCCGCGGCAGCCGUCCCUCGUGGUGCUGGCGGAGCUGGGCGGUGGGUGGCACUCGGAGCUGCUCUGCACGGUGGACAGCCAGCCCCCGGCCGACGUGGUGCUGCUGCACGGCCCCGUGCCCCUGGCCUCCACGCGGGACCCCCCAGCGCAGGCGGCCCCCAACGCUCUGCGGGUGCGGGUGGAGGGGCCGGGGGCUGCGGGGCUCUACGUCUGCGUGGCCAACAACAGCUUCGGCGCCGUGAACACCUCGCUGCUCCUCGGUGCCAGCGGUGUCCGAGUCACAGCCGAGCCCUCUCCAGAAGUCCCUGAAGGUGCCACGGUCACCAUGAACUGCUCGGCCGGCACGUGGCUGGGCGCUGAGGCCAACUACAGCUGGUACAAGGACCACCGGUGGCUGCGGGAGGGCCCGCGUGGCUCCAUCGUCCUCAGCCCCGUCUCCAGCGCCGACACCGGCUUCUACCACUGCCGGGUGAGCGGGACGUGGGGCAGCGCGUCCUCGGCCCCGCUCAGCCUCAGCGUGCUGCACGCCCCGCGGGACGUCUCCGUCAGCACCUUCCUGGAGAACCACCACGGGCGCGCAGGGGUUGUGCUGUGCACGGCCUCCAGCCACCCCCCCGCCUCCCUCGCCCUGUUCCGCCGGGGGCUCCUCCUGGCCUCCAGCCUGGCCCCCCCGAGCUCCCCGGGGCUGCAUGCCACCGCCUACCCCAAUGCGCUGCGCCUGGAGCUCGGCGCCCUGGGGCCCGGCGACGCGGCUGAGUAUCGCUGCACGGCCAGCAACGCGCUGGGCAACGCCACGGCCAGCGCCUACUUUGACACCCACAGUGAGUGGGGGGCUCUGUGGGGUGGGGGGGGCAGGAAUAUCCCGUGUCAGGGUAGGGGGUGAGCAGUGCGGGGGUUCCUUUGGAGGUUGGAAGGGAAAUGGGGUGGCCCGACGAUGUCUCAGAUGUGCCAUGUCCACCCCAUUGCAUGUCUGUG